UGCGUGUUUCUGCUUCUGUUUCUCCUUCCUUCCUCCCCCGACCCUCUGCACCCGACGAGCCCCCCGUUACCGCCACCCAUUUCCGGCCGAAAAUCCGGCAAAGCUUGGGGAUUUCUCCCUAUUUUCUUGUUCUUGAACCCAAAAAUCCCCCCUCUUUGCUGGAAAUUCCAGAUCUGCGCUGUCUUCUCCCCUCUGUCUGUCGGCCUCUGCUUGUGUGGGUGUGGAUUCUCAGCUUUUCUGGUAAGAACAGCCAUGAUUUCAUCCUUUUAGCUUUGAUUUAAGUUGGGUUUGCCUUAAUUCCUCUUGGUUCUCCAUUUUUGGGUUGGUCCCGUGAGUCCCCUGCAGAGAAUUCCCGCCGGCUUCUUUCCCCUGCUAGCUCCGGUUCUUGCUGGAAAAUUCUGGAAUUUUGUUAAUUGGGCUGUUGUGAUGUUGUGUAGGAGUAACCCCGUGACUUAGCCAUUGUUGGCCAAAGCCGUGGGUCUCCAUUGCUUGUCCGGGAAAUUGGAAUGAAUUUUGGCACUGUUCACACACCGAGGGUUAAUGAUUAACGGGGAUUUAAAGGUUUAGUUUGUGAUAUAAGAAUGAAUUUGGAGAUGUUCGGUUAUGUGGAGAUUGAUAGAAAUGGCACUGUAAUUAGGGGUAGUGCUAAUGAUGAUUUCACUGUGAAUUUGUGGUGGUAUGGUUAUUAAUUGUGGAAUAUUGUGAUUAGGUUUUGAUCGUUCUGUCACCGUAGCACUUGGAUUAGCCUUCUGUUCUGUGCGAGUGAGGUAAGUAAAUUAUGGUAAAGCCCUCUGAUUUUAAAGCAUGUUUUAAACUGUUUUUGAGAUGGUGGCAAGCUUUAAAUUGAUUUUAUUCGCAUCUGAGUGUGAUUUAAACCGAAAUGGAAAUUGUGAUGGUCUUUAUGGGAAUUUCAUUGUUUUUCGGAAUUGAGCAUGAUUGGAAUGAAAAUGGAAAUUUCAUUGUUUUCGGGAAUUGAGCAUGAUUGGAAUGAAAUUGUUUUCAUUGCAUUGAGUAGAGCAUGCCUAUUUGGAAAUUGACUGAACUGUUUUGAUGAACUGAGAGUUUGCAAAUUCUGAGUUUUCUGUUAAAUCCAUGGUCAUAUGGAAAUUUUCUGGUUUAUUUCUGAGAUUUGAGAUUGAUUGUGAAUUAUGGAUUUUUGGAAAUCCUGCAUGGUUUUGUCUCGGAUAUAGUCAUGAUUACUGACGCCCGCUAGUGGGAGCUGUAAAUGCUAGCACAUGUCGACAUGUAUUUCUGUAGAACCGGUUUGUCCUGCCAAUGGGAUAAAACAUUGGUACUAUUACUGACGCUUGCCAGUGGGAGUUUGUUAAACACUGGUACUUCUAAAACCCUACCAAUGGGGUUAAACAUUGGUUAUUACUUACGCCUACCAGUGGGAGUGUGUUAAACACUGGCACUAUUACUGACGCCUGCCAGUGGGAGUGUGUUAAGCACUGGUACUAUUACUGACGCCUGCCAGUGGGAGUUUGUUAAACACUGGCCAUGACUUAUAGAUGAGACUACUAAACUGAGUUUUCUUCUGCAUUAACGAUUUGUCAGGAAAUGUUUUGUUAUUAAACUGAAUCUGAUUUUGCAUUGACAGUUUAUCAUUGAAUGCUUUGCAACUGAACUGAAUCUGAUUUUGUCAUUGAGCGUUUGGUUAUAUUAAACUGUUUAUCAGGCAUGCUAAAAGUUUUACCCAAUGGCUAUCCAUAUUUACUUACUGAGUUAUCUCAUAGUUUUCCUUGUCCACCAUUUCAGGAAGCGAAACUGAAGACGGGGAAACCGAGGGGAGUGACGAGUUAGAAGGCUAGCCACUUGUAAUUGAUAUAGAUUUGAGAGAUAAAUAAUGAUAUUGUAAGCUAGAUUGGAUUGGAGAUUUUAUAAAUUCAUUUCGCGGAUUGUUAGUUUAUAAGAGAUUUGAUCUGGAGGUUUUGAGAUAAUUGAUUUGAGUUAUUGGAUGGUCAGAUGUGAAUUGAAUAAGUUCCGAGCCUUGUG